AUGACGGAUACCGUUUUUACAGUUCCGCAAGACUCAGAGGAGGGGAAGGGGCCCAAUGGGACAGGCUCUGAUAAGGGAUUGUCCACCCCAAGUGAGGAGACCAACUUGAAAGGGAAGCAAAAACAGGGUGGUAAUGCCAAAAAGUUGUCGCAUGUGGAGGACGACGUGGACGAAGAAACGCACGAGGAGGUAGUACAAGGAAAAAAGGUGGACACGAACAAAACAGAAGAAGCGGCGUCUGCAGGGCAGAAUGAAGAGCAAGAGGAAAACGACUCCGAUGAGUCAGACGAACUGUAUGACCACGACGUGUACGAGGAUAACUCGAACAGGGAGGCCCUCCUAGAAAGUUAUAACAAUCAAAUCUGCCACGCUUCAGAGAACAACCAAGGGGAUCCAACCCCAGUGAGCAGAUACACAAAUGGAAUACCAGGAGUUACGUACAAAAUGAGAAAAGAUUUUUUCCUAAAUGGAAGUUCAUUAAAUGUCAUAACCCUAAUCAAUGCGAUAACGUCUAAUAGGGAUAACGCUACGGUGACGAAAUUGUACGAAGCUUUGAAAAAAUUAGGAAUAACAACAUUUGACCAUCUGGUUAGAUACACAAACAUUAUAGGAAUUUUUUUUUCAUACGACAUUUUUGAUGAAUUAUAUUUACAAAUAAAAUUAGUGAAAGAAUAUUUCGGGCUUAUACAGAAGAAGAAAAACGAGUUCGGCAUAGUGGAAAAGGUAGAAAAGAGGAAGAUAAAGAAACGAAAGGUCUAUGGAGAGUACAAAAUGAGCGACGAUGAAAUGUUCGUACCUCCAAAUUGUAUGAGUGCAUAUUGUAUGUUGAAAUCUGUGUGGAUGAGAAACAGAAAUGUAACAGUGAAGAUCGAAAGGACCAGUAGCAAUAGCAUGAAUUUUAUGAUGCUAGGAGAUAUUGGGCAAGGAUUUGAAGAAGAAAAAGAUUUCGAUGUACAGAAUAUGCUAAACCUUAUGGGAUUUAAUGAGUUAAAAAGUACUGUACAAACGAUGAAAGAUUGGCAUUUUAUGAACAAUGCUGAUUUUGUAAUAAAUUUAGGAGACAAUGUGCCAAAAGAUGAAACGAUGAAUUAUAUGGAGAAUUUCAAAUGGCAUAAUUUAAUGAAGGAACUAUUCGUGUUCAAGAAAAGGAGUGAACAAGAAAUUAACAGCAUGUUGGGGCAUAACCCGCUCACGAAACAAAGCAUAAAAGAUUUUUAUAAGGAAAAAAUGAAAGAAAUACAGGAAAAUUAUAAUAACAGGGAAGUAGAGGACAAAGAAAUGAAGGGAAAACAGAAAAAAAAUCAAAAGAAGAAAAAGAGUGGUAAAAAUGAGGAAAAUAAAGUGAACUCUUCUUCCAACGGGGAAGACUUUAGCCAUUAUGACAAUGACCGGAAGAAGUUGUACCAAUUUGAUGAUGAAGAAGAGUCGGAUGAAAAUUUUGAAGCCAUUCCGUUUUACUCCAUUUUGGGAGAAAAAGAUUACUUCUUCUUUCCGAGCGAACAAAUUCAGGAACACUACUCGCAUAGAAUCCCAGGUUAUUUUAUGCCAAACAACUACUACUGUGUUAACUAUGAUUUUACUUAUAACAAUGUAGGGUAUAAAGAUAUAAUUAGCCAGGAAAAAUUUAGAGCAUCCUUUAUUUUUAUCGAUACGUGGUCGCUAAUGGUGGGAUUUCCGAUCAUAAGAAAUUACCGCUCCUUUCGUGAACAAUUCAAUUGGCUCAGUAAGACGUUAUACGAGAGUUCACAGAAUAGUGACUGGAUUUUCGUCAUAGGGCAUCAUCCUCUAAUUUCAAGUGGAAGACGAGCCGAUAACUAUUCCUAUGAGGAACAUUCAUUCCAUGAUAUUUUGAGAGAUUUCCUUUUUAAUUACAAUGUAGAUGGUUAUUUCAGUGCACAUGACCAUUUAAUGGAGUACAUUAAGUUCGGAAACAUAGACUUGUUCAUUAAUGGCUCCUCCUCUAGGGUUAUGUUUGAUAACUCCAAUAUGGGCAGAGGUUAUUUUGGCAAAGUGAUAGGGAAGUUAUACCCAGUCACAUGCUAUAUUUUGAAAACCAUUCAUCGGGGACUGAAGCCGAAAGGCUGUAAUGUUAAUAGGUAUUCCAAAUGGUCAAACAAGUCAGAUAUAGGGUUCAGCGCACACAAAUUAACCAAGGAUGAAUUCAUCACGGAAUUUAUCAAUGGUAGAACAGGAAAACCACUCAGCCAUAAGAUUGUCCUGAAAAACAAAAAAAGUGAACGAAAAAAAUUCUACAAUUUGGAUGGAUACGCAGAUGAUAGGAUCGAUGAAUUGGAAAAAAAAAUAAAAGAAUUUACACGAAACAAUCCAGAUUUUAUAAAAUAUAAAAUUGAAGAAUUUAACGAAAAUAUCAGAAAACUUAAUUUGAUCAUGAAGACUUUAAAAACAAAGGAGGAGCGUGAAAAUUUUAAGGAAUUACUUUUCCUGAAUAAUCUAAUUUUUGACGUGUCCAAACAUCUUUCCGGGAUGACCACCCAAAAAUUAAGAAGCAUGCACGCGCUUGCGAAAAAGUACGCCAUUUUUUUUAACAAAGAACUUGUGAACCACAUUGUCUUAGGGUUGGAAAAAGCGGUGCAGUCUGAGAAUAGCGAGUCGGACGAUUUAAAUGAAGAAAUCGAUGAAGAAGAAGCUGAAAGGAGGCUCAAAGAAAAACAGAAGAAACAAAAUGAGGAGAAAAAAACAUUAGAGGUUAUAGAAACCUUGGGUUAUAAGCCUGAACAAUUUUUAGAAAAGUAUGACAGCAUGACGAAAGAAGAGAAGGAUCUCUUGAAGGAGAAAGUUGGAAAGGACGUUACGCUCGAGGAUUAUGUUAACAGAAUUAGGAUCUACGUGGAGAAGAAGAACUUAAGUGAAAGCGAUUUGGAGGCCAUGCAGGAAAAGGUAGACGAGGAGGAAAGUGACCAUACCGAGGAGGCAAAUGAGCAGCAGGGGGAGAGCGGCGAGGAGAGCACCAAGGAGAGUGAAGAGAUGAGCAGCGAGGGUAACGACAAGGGCAUCGGCGAAGUCGCGCUCGUGAAGGACGUGCACAAAACGCACAAGAAAUACGUGUUUAAGGAAAAGGCCCUAUCCGAACAGAACUACAUUUUGCUGAUGCUCAGCGCUUUGAAAAUCCAUGACAAGAAUAAAUAUGCCCUGAAUAUGAAUACCAAAAAAGAAGACUUAAAAAGCAUUGCUUCUUCCAAUUUUCUCUACAAUAUAGAGAAUCACAAAACUUUCUUCCAGUUAUGUAUCGAGUUAGCUCCUGACAUUAAGAGGAUUAUCAGCAAUCUUGGGGGAGUAGGAAUGAGGUUGCCCUUUUUCAAGUUAAUGAAUAAACUCUACGAUGAAAUAAUGAAGUUAAGGGACGGACUUGACCGAAUUGCAAAGUGA